UGCUCAUCAUGCCUGACAGGGAAAUCAAAUCUCCAAUCUGGCGUCCAGAACCGGAGACCACGGAGGACGUGUUUGAUCACACAUAUAAAGAGAAAGAAGGGCCCAAACCUGUCACCGUCGUAGUGUGGAGAAAUGUCAUUCUCAUGAGUUUGCUGCACAUCGGAGCUCUGUAUGGACUCGUCCUGCUUCCGUCUGCAAGUGCUCUCACAUUGAUCUGGUUUUGUGCAUGCUGGUUGUUCAGUGCUAUGGGCAUCACCGCCGGCGCUCACAGACUCUGGAGUCACAGAUCAUAUAAAGCAUCAUUACCGCUCCAGAUCUUUCUCGCCUUCGCAAACUCCAUGGCCUUCCAGAAUGACAUCUACGAAUGGUCUCGAGAUCACCGCGUUCACCACAAAUACUCCGAGACGGACGCCGACCCUCACAACGCUGUGCGAGGCUUUUUCUUCUCUCACAUCGGCUGGCUGCUGGUCCGCAAGCAUCCGGACGUCAUUGAGAAGGGACGCAAGCUGGAGCUCGACGACCUGAAGGCUGAUAAAGUCGUCAUGUUCCAGAGGAGGUUCUACAAGUCGUCUGUGCUGCUGAUGUGCUUCUCCGUGCCGACGCUCGUGCCGUGGUUGGUGUGGGGCGAGUCUCUGUGGGUGGCGUAUUUCGUCCCUGCUCUCCUCCGAUACGCACUUGUGCUCAACGCCACCUGGCUGGUGAACAGCGCCGCGCACAUGUGGGGAAACCGGCCCUACAACGGCAGCAUCAGACCCCGGGAGAACAGAUUCGUCACCUUCAGCACUGUAGGCGAAGGCUUUCAUAACUACCACCACACGUUUCCCUUCGACUACGCCACCAGCGAGUUCGGCUGGAAACUCAACCUGACCACCUGCUUCAUUGACUUCAUGUGUUUCCUGGGUCUGGCCCGAGAGCCCAAGGUGGUGUCCAGAGAGGCCGUGCUCGCUCGAGCUCAGCGCACCGGAGACGGCAGCCACCAGAGCGGCUAACGAGCGCCGUCCGUCCUAACCAACUGCACACCUGAAGACAGAAGGACAAUCGGUCCUUCCAGCGACGCUGUUGAAGCUUGCUGUCAGAUGGCAAAUGUUUGUUUGUUUGUUUGUUUUUUUCCAGUCUAGCCAGUGAAGCUUUAAUUAAUACAGGAAUCCGGCCUGUUUGUGUAGAGCUUAUUCAGAUUUUCUUUCCGGCUUCCUCUUCUCGACAGCAGCUGUAGAUGUUUUUGAGCCCGGUCUGAGCUCAUGCAGCUGACAUGCCAGUUUGCUCAAUGCAGGAGCUAAUCACGGUGCCCAGCAACCCCGUCACCCUUCCUAAAUCUAGCUGUGCAUUUUGGUAGAAAUGCAACUGAGAUGCACAUCUAUUUAAUAUUCUAUAGCUGCAGCUUACUGCAUCUGGACCAGAUACAGACUAGAGUGUUUCAGAAUUUAAUAUUGCCAAUCGGUUUUGUUGCCACAGUUGAACAAAUUGUUCAUUUGGAGAAAUGCUUGAAUAGUUGGAAUCUGCAUUAAUGAUUCGUGAUUAUACUUUUGACCACAGCACACAUACGACAUAUAAGUCUUUUUUGGACUACUGCAGAUUGAGAUCGAUUUGAUGUCUAAACACACUUUGUAACAUUGACUUAUAUUUAAUAAUUGUGACAUAAUCACUGAAGAAUCCAGAUGGCAUCUGAGAAUCAGGCUGCAUGAGAAUGAUGGACCGCGUUGGUUCUUGAUUAUUUAGUACUGGGUUUGUAUAAUUAAUUGUGCAACACCAUGCUUAUCUUUCGAGUCCUGCUUUUUCAUGUUAGUGCAAGCAUGCUGUAUUAAUACAGAACUCUUUUUCUAUCGCAAAAUAAUACAGAUGGACAUAUCUGUGGAUUUACAGUAAGUCAAAUAGUUAAUUAUGAUGCCAAAAACCAUUGCAUUGCAUGCGAUCUGAAUGGUGCAAGCUGGUUUUUGCUCUAGUUCACCUGUAUGUUUAAUCAAACAAUGUAUUUUCAGAGAUUUUUCAGUGCUAUUUUUGGAUUUCAUUUGACAAGUUGCUUGUGAUUAAUUUGUUUGGUAACUUUAAAACCAUUUGGAUUGUAGUUCUUUGAAGACUUUAUACUGUAUUUUGACUCCUGUUCCUCUCACACAGGACAGAUCGCCUUACUUUUACUCUUGACACUUGAUUCAAGAUGCCAAAAAGCGGUUGUGGUAUUUCUCAUGCUGUUUGGAAGAAGCCUUCGGCUCUUAAAACUAACAUGAUGCUCCUGUUUGCGAUAACAGCCUGUAAUAAUCAAGACUCUUGUUUCAUAAUCAUUUACUGGAAAUAAAGUCUGAAGCAAUAAGCUUCUACACUUUCUGACA